AGUCAUGUGAUCCGCCAAAAUGGCGGCGCUCGGGCGUGAGGCUGGGGCUGACUUGAAGGAUGCAGUUAUGGUGCCGGUGAGAGCUGGGGAAGUGCCCAAGGACAUCAGAAUGGCAACAUACACACAUGGUCAGCCCAGUCUUUCUCUAGGAGAUGCAGAAUUCAGAAGACCAAUGGUCAUCGAAAUCAUAGAAAAAAAAUUUGAGUAUCUUAGAAAAGAAAAGACGUUAAAUAUAUAUGGCACAGUGUUCUUUGGAACAGCAGCUAGUUUCUCUGGAAUAAUGGCCAACUUCAUUUUCAGACACUGCUUCAAGGUUAAACAUGAUGCUUUGAAGACAUAUGCAUCACUGACUACACUUCCAUUUUUGUCUACUGUAGCCACUUACAAGCUCCUUGUAACGGACGCUUUGUAUUUGGGCAAUAUAAGCCAGGAAAAUUGUGUUCUGAGAAGUUCACUGAUUGGCAUAGUAUGUGGCGUUUUAUAUCCCUGUGGUUUGGCUUUUUCUAAAAAUGGACGCCUGGCAGUCAAGUAUCAUACUGUUCCACUGCCACCAAAAGGAAGGGUUUUACUUUACUGGCUGUUGCUUUGUCAAACAGAGAUAAAAGCUAUGAUGAUUCCUCUAGUCCUUCAGACGGUAUUUGGAAUAUUUAAUGGUCUACAGCAUUAUGCAAGAUUUGGAAGUACACUUGAGAAAACUGUACAUGAAGAUUAAUCAAAGCAGAAUGGGUUUUUUUUAUGAUGAGGACUCAGGCAUUGCUGAAGCAGUUAAAAGUAACUCUGGACAGUUUGUUUCUGUUCCUUUUGCCUGGUAUACAGCAGGUACUCAAUAAAUAUUCAGUAAUUCAGUA